ACUCAGUAGGGUUUCCUAACAAUAGAGGACAAUGGGCCUUUCAGUUCUAUGGGCAUUUGUGUUUUUAAUUAAUCUUUUUGGGACACAAGUUGGAUCAGAUGCUGUCCAACAAAACCAUGCCACACCAGCCCCAAAUAUAGCUCUUCAAGGGAUUACUUCUCAGUCAAGCACCUAUACUUAUUAUGGUAACUCUCGAAAUGCCAAUGAUGGUUCCCUUGCAAACAAUUACUUGAGAUCACAAUGCUCACAUACAAAGAAAGAAAAAGAUCCUUGGUGGAUGGUGGAUCUCAAAGAGAAAUAUCAUAUCAAUUCUGUGGCCAUCACAAAUCGUGUUUUGGAAUGUUGCAGAGAGAGAAUUUUUGGGGCUGAGAUUCGAAUUGGCAAUGACCCAACAAAUGGAGGAACAUUAAAUCCCAGAUGUGGUGUAAUUGCAUCAAUAGAAUCCGGAGAGACUCUUUCAUUUUCGUGUCAUGGGAUGAUUGGACAAUAUGUGUCAGUUACCUUACCAGGGAAGGAAGAACCUCUUGUCCUUUGUGAAGUUCAGGUCUUUGGUCAACCUGUCAGUAGUUUAGAUGUUCCAGAGCCACAAAUUAUAUUCAAGACACCCAAUGGAGCGCCAAAUGUGGCUCAGAAAGGAGUCGCCACACAGUCCAGUCUUUAUAAUAUGUAUGGAGAAUCAAAGAAUGCUAUUGAUGGAUCUCUCUCCAGCAAUUACCUCUUCAUUGAAUGCGCUGGUACUAGUGAGCAAGAUAAUCCCUGGUGGAUGGUUGAUCUCAAAUCUCGAUACCAAAUCUUUACUGUUGCUGUUACAAAUAGAGGUGACUGUUGUGCUAACCGGAUAAAUGGGGCAGAAAUACGAAUCGGAAACUCUGAAAAAGAUGGAGGAACCCAUAAUACAGUAUGUGGCAUAAUUACGUCAAUGGAUAAUGGUGAGACUCUUGCAUUUGAAUGCGGUGGUAUGGAGGGCCAAUAUGUCACGGUCCAUAUACCUGGAAGUACGAAAUCAGUCACCAUAUGUGAAGUCCAAGUUUUUGGACUCCCAGCUGAAUUUACUGAACAACAGAUAAGUACAUCAGAACCAGACAAAGAAUUCCUAGACAACUUCAGUAUCUUUGAUUUAUUUGAUUUUGACUUAUUCUCAGAAGAAGACGAUGACUCUGAACAUACCAUCAACGUAGAUGCUGUAGAGGGUGACAAUCUCGCAUUCAGAGGAAUCUCUUCUCAGUCCAGCACUUACGAUAAAUUUGGAGAUUCUGAAAAUGCCAUAGAUGGCUCCAAAAAUACAAAAUACAUGUCAGGACACUGUUCUCAUACUGACCUGGACAUAGAACCUUGGUGGAGAGUGGAUCUCACUGCUACCUUCAAUGUUACUCUUGUAAAAAUAACCAACAGGGGUGACUGCUGCAAUGAGCGAAUUAAAGGAGCAGAGAUAAGAAUAGGAAAUUCCCCAGAAAGAGGUGGAACCAAGAAUCCCAGGUGUGCCAGAAUUGAAUCAAUGGAUCUUGGGAAGGAGGAAACGUUUAGGUGUGGUAUGGUAGGACGGUAUGUGACAGUUACCAUACCAGACAGAGCUGCGUAUCUGACACUGUGUGAAGUCAAAGUGUUUGGGGAAGAGUAUUCAGGAAACGACACAACAAUUCUUUUCCCCAUUGAUGGUGAAGACAGUGAAGAAUCCCAUGUUGCUGCUGAAUGGAAUAACAUUCUAAAACACUCAAAUGCAGCAACUAAUAUAGCAUUAAAUGGACUUGCAUACCAAUCAAGCAUAGAUGAAGAAGGUGGACCACAUAAUGCAGUUGAUGGCUCAUUGAAUAAUGCAAAUCCAACUACUCAGUGUGCAAUAACUAAAAAAGACAAUGGCCCGUGGUGGACUUUAGAUUUGAAGUCAGAGCACAAAAUUUUCUCCAUUGCAAUAACAAACAGAGGAGACUGUUGCUCUGACGAGCUAGAUGGGGCUGUAAUUCAUGUUGGAAAUGAAGAUGUUGACUGGAAAAAUAAUACAAUUUGUGGAACCAUAUCCUCUAUUGGACUAGGAGAAACCUUUUCAUUCAACUGUGAUGAAAUGCAAGGACGAUUUAUAAAUAUCCAUAUCCCAGACAAAGAGGUUUCCCUUACACUUUGUGAAGUACAAGUGUUUGGUCUUCCUGUAGAUACUCCAGGUGGAGAGUGGAAGGGAGAUCUUGAAUUGCAGAAGAAACAUCAUGGACUAAAAAAUAUAGCAUCCCAAGGUAUUCCUUCCCAGUCAAGUAAUUAUGGAAAAAUAAAUUUGAAAGUGGCUACUGAUGGGUCGCUAGCCAGCAAUUAUUUGGCAGGAGACUGUAUACACACAAAUAAGGACUAUCAACCUUGGUGGAAACUGGAUUUUAAAUACAGAAUGCGCAUUCAGUCUGUUGCUGUAACGAAUCGAGGGGACUGCUGCCGGGAACGGAUAAAUGGUGCAGAGAUUCACAUAGGCGAUAGUAAAGACAAUGAUGGAAUGAACAACCCCAGAUGUGCUGUAAUAUUUAGGAUGGGUUACGGUGAGACAUUAUCAUUUAACUGCAAAGGACUGGAAGGUCGGUUUUUGUACAUAACUAUACCAGAUCGUGCAGAAAAUCUAGCACUUUGUGAAGUUCAAGUUUUUGCUGAACCUCUUGAGAAAAUGGAAGUUAUCCCAACUUCAUUACCUGCUGAAUUGACUCUUGCAGAAUCCCCAUUUAUAACCACAAAGAAUCUUAUAGGCAAAUCUUUAGUCUUCAAGAAAGAAACCGGUGACAGUUAUGUCAUACUAACCCCAGAUCUUCCAAUGAACCUGAAAGCUUUCACACUCUGCAUGAAGUUGUCUUUAGAUGUUCCUCAAAAUCGAGAAACUAUUUUAUUUUCAUACCGUACUACAUUUUAUGAUGAACUGAAUCUUUGGAUUGAGUAUGAUGGUAAAACUGGCUUUUAUAUGAGUGGAGACGGUGUCCAAUUUGCACCUAUGGAUCUUAGUAAAGAGUGGAACCAUGUGUGCCUCACUUGGGAGGCCAGACAUGGUCGAACUGAGUUCUGGCUCAAUGGUAGAAGAGCAACAACAGCAGUAUACAACAAGAAGAAUAUUAUGCGUGCAGGUGGAAUUGUCAUGCUGGGGCAAGAUCAAGAUAACCUUGGGGGUGAUUUUGAUAUAUCACAAAGUUAUGUUGGUAAAAUCAAAGAUUUAAAUAUGUGGGACAGUGUUUUAUCUCUAAAGUUACUUAAAAAACAAUUUAACGAUAAAGAUAUUCGGAAGGGUAACAUUUUUGAUUGGGGUCAUUUGUCUUAUAAAAUUUUUGGAAAUGUAACAAUUGUUUAAAAAAAAAAAUAACAACAACUAUAAUGUGGCUUUCAUGUAGGUAAAACAAAAUGGUACCUCAUAGCUGCAAAAUAACACACAGAAAACGAAAGUAAUAUUUAAUGUCAAACAAUAAUGACAUCAUCCUUAAUUGUCAGAAAAUAAUUGUACUCAAAUAAAAAGUAAGUGUUCUUUAAAGUUA